ACGGGUUUGUGCGGAGUGCACUUUCGUCUUCCGACCAAACUCUUGAUGACCUGUGUUUGUGCUUGAGCCAUGCAUAUGGAGCCAAGUGGUGCUGCCUCAAGUUAUAGGCUAUAGAUUGGGCCAAAUAUAGCAUUCAAUCAUUGAAGGUGAUUUCAUCCGAAUCAUCGUUCAACGAGGGCCGGUACAUUGUUCAGUUACGUCCCUGACUCCAAUCCUUCUUUCCGGCACGACAUACCAUAUAAACAAGGACCCACCCACAUUCACGACCUUAAACCUGACCGCUAACUUUGACGACGUUUUUCAGCCAUGACUAUCCUGUUUAUGAAUAUGAGGCUCAUCGGUUAUGUAACCGUUUUUCUGCUAUCCGGGGCUGUCCUUGGAUUUGCCGCCAACUUUGCAAGAUUAUUCCUCCCCCACAUCAAUCGUGACUUCACCAUGUUCGCUCUGAUUCCACCAUCAGCCACCAUCUUCGCAUUUCUGUGCAUAAUGCAGUUUGCGCAGCCAAUAGUGGAGGUAACAUUCCACUUCAUCCUCGGUGUUCUAUGGCUAGCCAUGGGCGCAUGGACCGCGGAUAUGAUCGGAUAUGUGCAAUGCUACCCACUUCAAGGACAGGUGGCCACAGCCAAAGGAAGUCUCUCUGCGCGGACGUAUUGCUAUGAAAUGAAAGUUAUCGAAGCAUUCUCGUGGACUAUAUUCGUGUUAUUUACAUUCUUCUUCAUUACUAUGAUCACGCUUACCACGCGCGCAGUCGUUUGUGGGCGGUACUAUGCGUGGCGGGAACAUGUCUCGCAGCUAGGCUGGUUUGGAGAAUUUCCAGGAUACCCCACUGAAGCUGUAUAUCCGCGAGCCCCGAUGUUCGGAGGAUACGGUCAGCCAUACCCAAUGAUGGGAGGAUACCAUAUGCAACAAAUGCCGGGUCACUCCAUCAUGGUUCAGCCAGGUAUCAAUGGUGGCCAGCCUAUUGUCUCUCAGGUACCAGUCUAGGUACCUUCUUCUAUUGAACGUUAGAAAUCAUGCCUGUGUAUUUGACGUGUUGGAAAGCUCACGAUAUUUUCUGAUUGUACUUAGAGUGGUGCACAUGUAGAACAUGUAGCUCGAACACGAAUUCAUCAAAUUCCGCCGCAUCGAUAGAACUAGUUAUUCCACCUUUGCCCAACCUUUGCCCAUAACAAUUUGCCAAGAUCGGCUAGUCCCGAACCAGGACUAAAUUUACGUAGAACAAUUGAUGAGAAAUUGAAUAAUGCAAAUAUU